CUCUGUUCUAAAUUUCAAGCUGUUCUACUCAGAGUUCUACAUUUCAAGAAUAUGGCUUUUCGUUCUGUGCUUGGAAAGAUGGGGAAAACUGUGACUAUGACGAGUAGCAAAUGUAUUCACAAAAAUGGAAGACUAGUUUUGAAGCUUGGGAAUUUUGAGGCCGAAGCUAUCAACCACAAAAACAAUAACAAUAAUAAGGAUGCGCCUUCGAUGGAUGAUCCUCUUACUGCUUAUCUCUCUGAAAUGGGUUGUUAUGAUGAAUAUGGGAUUCUAAUUCCAAUGACUGUUAAUCGGGGGAUUGAUUAUCAUAUGGAUUUGGGGGGUAUAGGGCCUGCCCAUUUUGCUGUGGAAGAGUUCAACAAGCGAAAGAAAACCCAACUGCAACUUGUGAGAGUGCAGAGAACCUGGAUGAAGCCGCUGUAUCAUCGUAAAUGUAUGUAUAGACUAAUAUUGGAAGCAGCUGAUGCCACCGGUGUGGUGAACUUUUACCUAGUGUAUGUUAAGAUAGAUGAUUUGACUGAGGGCAUGUGGUUGAAAGAAUUCAAUAUUUUCCGUGAUAGUGGAUACCCUUCAAGACUAUAUCAUCACCUAGACAACUUCUUUGUUGAAUGAUGCCUCAUUCAGAGGGGUGGUAAUCAUUUGGUAUGCGUUGCAACUAUAACAGAGGUGUGAGGUGUCAGUCAUAGGGUUUCCUUUCCCGUUCAGGAUACCAUUUUGGAGAUUAAUCACUUCGAUUAAUAGGAAAAUUCUAGUAACUUUGAGGGCAGAAUUCAGCAUUUCGUUUUAUUGUUUAUAAAUUAAAUGUAUGACGAUAUUGUCUGGCAAUGCGUAAACCCGUUUAAGGCUUCUACUAGGGCUAGCUAGAGGAAAUGAUUUUGAAGAAUAUGAUUGUACAUUAGGGUUUUCAAGUGAAGCUGAAUGUCAUCUUUCCCAGAUUUUGUACACAGUUUCUUUCGCAUGUGCUAUGAAUUAAGGAAGCAAUUGCAAGUAUCAUCAUUCAAUUACUGCAGAUGGAGAAGCAUUGUUGAGAAUGAGGCAAAGGUUUAGAUUUUGAAACCACGAUGGGCAAUUCAGUGAUAUUAUUAUUAUGUAUUACAUUAUUUGUUUAGCAUUCCUACAGCUUCAUUUGUGAACCCGUGUAAAGGCUUCUACUAGGGCUCGAGGAAAAUUCUAUAUAUGCUAAAACAGAGUAGAAGGUACUGUAGCUUAUGAACAGUACUCCCUCGAGGGACUUAAAUCGUGUUUAGGU